CGGGGGGCCGGCCCGGCCGGGGCUGCGCCUCCGCCUCCACCCACUUUUGUAACUUAUUUAUUUAUAAACACUCUGCUGCGGGGCUUGGGGCCCGGAGCCCUGGGGGUGGGCUUGCACUGGAGACAGAGGUGGAAAUAAAGCGACCCUCAGCAGCAGGCUUGCCCCGCGUGUUGUGGUGGGGGGAGCGCUGGGGGGCACCGAGGGGAGACGCUGUGGGCGGUGGCCUUAGACUUGGGUUUGAAUCUUGACCGUGGUCCCCUUAGCCUCUCUGAGCCUCAGUUUCCUCAGCUGUAAACGAGACCACCUCCCACCCCCAGGGCUUCUGGGAGGGUAGAAUGAGCCAACAGGUGUCAGGUGCCCUAGUAGGUGCUCCGUGAACGUCAGUUCCCCCAAGCCCUGUCCCACCUACUGGAGACCCCGGUUCUUCCGGCCACACAGCCUGCCUUUACGGGAACCCACCCCUGCUCGUGUCAGGGACGGGGAGAGGCUGGUUCUCCAGACCCUGCCAGGUCAGAGGAGGCCCUGCACCCCAGGCCUGGGUUCCUGACCUGACUCCGGCAGGUUCUACUGCAGUGACGUUAGACAAGUCACUUCCCUCUGCCACCGCCGUGAACCUGCUCAGCCCUGCCCUGCUCACCUCCGAGGUGGCCCUGAGAACCUGCUGUGAGCCUCAUGGCAGGACCAGGUGUCCCAGCGCAGAAGCCGGCUCCAGCGAAGAGCUUUGCAGUACUCCGCGGGGCUGUCCUGGGACUGCAGGAUGGAGGCGAUGAUGGAGAUGCAGCCAAGGCCAGCUCUGAGCCAGUGGAGGAACCCCCUGGGGAGGAGCAGCCCCACGGGGACCAGACAGACAACGGGCAUGGGCCCCACAGUCCCAGGAAGCAGGAACAGAGUCAGCACCUGUGCCUCAUGGUGGGGCUGCUACGGCCACAAGACGACAUCCGCCUGGCAGCUCAGCUGGAGGCGGCCCGGCCCGCCAGGCUCCGCUACCUGCUGGUAGUUUCCACAAGAGAACGUCUGAGCCAGGAUGAGACAGUCCUUCUGGGUGUGGAUUUCCCUGAUAGCAGCUCCCCCAGCUGCACCCUAGGCCUGGUCUUGCCUCUCUGGAGUGACACCCAGGUGUACCUAGAUGGAGACGGGGGCUUCAGUGUGACAUCUGGUGGGCAGAGUCGAAUCUUCAAGCCAGUAUGCAUCCAGACCAUGUGGGCCACGCUCCAGGUGUUGCACCAGGCAUGUGAGGCGGCUCUAGGCAGUGGUCUUGUGCCAGGGGGCAGUGCCCUCGCCUGGGCCAGCCACUACCAGGACAGACUGAGCUCUGAUCAGAGCUGCCUCAACGAGUGGAUGGCCAUGGCUGACCUGGAGUCUCUGCGGCCUCCCAGCAUCGACCCCGGCCGGACCUCGGGACAGGAGCAGAUGGAGGAGGCGAUCCGGGCUGAGCUGUGGGAGGUGUUGGACUCCAGUGACCUGGAGAGCAUCACUUCCAAAGAGAGUAUUGUCCUCAGAGGCCCCAGAGGGAAGGCUGGGGCAUCAGGAACCUCGCAAGGCGCCCCCAGCCUCUCCUCAGCCUCCUGCCUGCAGAUCCGCCAGGCCCUGGAGCUGCGCCUGGGAUGCCCUCUCCAACAGUACCGCGAUUUCAUCGACAACCAGAUGCUGCUCCUCAUGGCCCAGCAAGACCGGGCGUCCCGCAUCUUCCCCCACCUCUACCUGGGCUCAGAGUGGAACGCAGCGAACCUGGAGGAGCUGCAGAGAAACAGGGUGAGCCACAUCUUGAACAUGGCCCGCGAGAUUGACAACUUCUACCCUGAGCGCUUCACCUACCACAACGUGCGCCUCUGGGAUGAGGAGUCGGCCCAGCUGCUGUCCCACUGGAAGGAGACGCACUGCUUCGUGGAGGCUGCAAGAGCGCAGGGCACCCGGGUGCUGGUCCACUGCAAGAUGGGCGUCAGCCGCUCGGCCGCCACGGUGAUCGCCUACGCCAUGAAGCAGUACGGCUGGAGCCUGGAGCAAGCUCUGCGCCACGUGCAGGAGCUGCGGCCCAUCGCCCGCCCCAACCCCGGCUUCCUGCGCCAGCUGCAGACCUACCAGGGCAUCCUGACUGCUAGCCGGCAGAGCCAUGUCUGGGAGCAGAAAGUGGGUGGGGCCUCCCCAGAGGAGCCCCUGGCCCCCGAGGUCUCUACACCGUUCCCACCUCUUCAGCCAGAACCCGGGGGCAGUGGGGAGCUGAAUGUGGUGGGGUUGGAGGAGAGCCAGGCAGCCCCAGAAGAAGAGCCUGGGUCACGGCCCCGUAUCAACCUCCGCGGGGUUAUGAGAUCCAUCAGCCUCCUGGAGCCAUCCUCAGAGCUGGAAAGCACCUCAGGGGACGGUGACCUGCCAGAGGUUUUCUCUCCAAAGGAGUUUUCAGAUGAAGACCCUCCACAGCCCUUCCCUCAGCUCUCAAGUGCCAAGGGAGGCCAGCAGGCCCGCAAGGGGCCUUGGCCUGCCCUGAAGUCCCGCCAGUCUGUGGUUGCCCUCAACAACGCCGCCCUGGUGGCCAGCCGGACCCGGGCCUUCCAGGAGCAGCGGAAGCCUGGCUGUCCGUCCACACCCAGGCACCAGCAGGUGGUGAGGCAGGCCAGCGUGGAUGACAGUGGCGAGGAGGGCGAGGUGUGAGCCCACACACAUUCCCACGCCCCCCUAGACACAAACAGAGGCGCCGGAACACAGCUCCUGGGAUGAGCACCCCUCACUCCUGUCGGCCUGUCCACGUUCCUCUUAGCUCCUCCCCAGGAGGCCCCAGACUCCCGUCACUACAGCCUCAGCACCUACAGCCUUAAGUCUCAGACCCAUGUCCACCUGUCCAAGGGCUCAAGAUUUCCUCCACAUUUGGGGAUGUGGUAGAGAGACUGAAGGUGCCUUUGGGGGCAACAGUACCCUAGCCUCAUUCUCAACUGCUGCCUGAAACACACACUUGCAGCCAUGGAAUAAAAAACAGAGUUUCUCAGUGCAGAAAGGCUCAUGCUCCCUCCCUCCCCUGCUCCUGUCUGCCUCAUCCCCCCGACCCCAUUUCACUCCUGGGGCUCUGCAGAGAACCAGUGGCCCCCAAAGGCCGAGAGUAACCUCAGUCCCCAAACCUGGGAGGUUCUGAGGAGUGGGGAGCCAGACCCCUCUGACGGGGCUGGCCGGUCAGCCUCCCUCACACCCCCCAUAAGCAGCCUGAAUCUUCUGCUGCUGCCCCCAGCACCCUCCACCAGCGCUGCACUGGAGCACAGGGCACUACACCAAAGAGAGAGUCUUCUUUCUGAGCUUCAUGGCCUCUGGCCAGUUUUUCAUAGUCUUCAUAGUGUCUGGCUUUGUACUUAGAAAGAAAAAACAUUUUCAUAUUGUUUUCAAUUUUAUGAUAAAGCUUGUCAGUCCACUCUU